CUGCAGUAAAACGGAGAGGCAAUGACCUUUCUCAAAGGAUUGGUAGGAAAAUUGAAGGAGAAAAUGUUUCUUAAUGCAUCCCUAGUUCCUAGGACAUGAUAGACACUUCAAAAAAUGCAUGGGAAGAUGAAUAAUUCUCUCUUCAAUUUUAUUUUCCUUGGUUUGCUUCUGUUUACUUGUAAAUCAUUUCAAGGAACUGGCAAGAGGGAAGCUGGCUUGCUCCCUCUUAACUCCAUAGAGGACAACUGGGAAAUUCAGCAGAUGAGCAAAGAGAAAAAGAAGUUCAGGAAGACAAGGGAAAGAUACAAAUGCUACUCACAUAAUUACAACUGGUACACACACACAUGACUGGUUACACAUAUAAAUAAUGGUACAUACAUAAAUGGAACACACAUGGAGAAAAGAGAGGCUUGCCAGGGAUGUUUUAAGACAGGAGACCUAGUUCUGUAUUUCUCUAAAGAUGUAAAGUUAGCAAAUAAAAAUGGGCAAAAUAGCAGGAUAAAAAUCUCCUGACCUAUCUUGAACUUCAAAAUCAAUCCAGAAUACUUUUCCUAUUGCAAAAGCCCUACUUCUUUCUUCUAGCCAACAGCAUGUUGUGAUAUUUGAAAAAAUCAAUUUUCAAACAGUAAUUCUACAUAUGCACGGGUACUGCAAUACUUCAACCUGUGCAAAUCACACAAGGGUACUUUGGAAGUAGUGGCCCACAUCCUUUACAAAGGCAUUUGAAACAAUAAUCACAAAGUAAAGGGGUCUUUCUCCCAUGACCUCUGAAAUAAGGGGGUCACUAUUUGAGAAGUCGAAUGGUGGCUGGGACUGGACUUCUGUGCUAUGAUUUGUCACAAUGUGGACAACAGCCUUCAUAUCCUGCAGAUGAUUUCAAAGGGGAGGAAAAAUGACGGUAUAAUGAGUCUGGGAUGUGGUCAAACUGUGUUGGGCUCCUGUUGCCAUUUUUAUGGGCUACUCUUCGCUCUCAAGAUUGUUGGAUUGUCUCACAUUCAGUCAGUGUGACACUAGAGAACAAUAUGAGAUCAGCGAUCUGAACUUUGCUAACAAUAACACCAUUUUCUUACACUUACACAUCAGUUAUAUAUGCUAGCGAUUUCUCUUUAUAGCUUGACAUUCUACUUGGAAUGACAUUUUUACCUCUUUGGAAGUUUCUACCAUGAUAUUCAACCAAUAGUAAACAUUAAAAUGCCAUUACCAAACAGUUUAUUAAGCAGACUUAAAUCCAAUAAACUUCCUAAUACUUGCCCUAGCCACUGAUUUCCAAACCCCAAAAAUAGCAGAUGAAAAAAAACUAUUGGAGUUGGGCAAGUUGGGGAAGAAGCUGGCAUUCAUCAUUUGAUUUGCCAGCCAGGAAGGCAUCUGAAAGUUGAGGCUGAGAAAUCUCUGUUCUGGUCAUUUUUUUAUCCCAGAAGCACAAUGAGGUAGAAAAAAUUUUCCAUCAUUAUUUAUAAUAACUCAAAGAAUUCUGAAGCACUGAGCGGACUGGGACAGAAUCCAGCACAGAUUUUUCCGGGGGUGGGGGGGGUGAGGAACAACCAACCAAACCCCGAGCUGCCAGAGAGGAUUCCUAUUUAUUAGUGGUAAAGAUAGACCCACUUGUUGACCUUUGGCUCUUAAUGAAAUGAGCAUUUCCUGUGGGGCUUCCACGGUUACUGGGGGGCUCCCCUUUCCCUGGGGCUGUUUCUGUGAAUUUACUUUUCCUGACUUUGAAAUCAGCUGGUGGCAUUUCUGUAGUUUCAGAAGAACCUGUGUAUACUCAACCAUGCUUCCAAACAGAAACAGUGGCUUUACUUCCUUGAGAAAGGCCACCGAGGGCUGAGGGUCUCUUGAAGACCAGCACUUGUCACCCACACUCGCACUCUGUUCUCCCAAAAGUCAACAUUAGAAAAUACAUCCGCUGUUGGAGAGCAGAAAUUUGACAAAAUCUUCCAUAUGUUAUCAGGUAGAAGGACCUAAUCCUAGAAGUGUAAAAUGUAACAAAUAUGUAUUUCAUUAUUUUUAGGCUGGAAGACCAACUUAUUAUUAACCAACACAUAUGCUUCUGACUAUCUACAGAUAGACAGACACGUCAUGCUUCUCAAGAUGAGGUGUUCAAGAUCCCCAGCAUGAGAGAAUUAUUACUGUGUCCUCAAACGGGAGUAUUCAUAGCCCAAAGUUUCCUCACACAUAUCCAAGAAACAUGGUCCUGGUAUGGAGAUUAGUGGCAUCCGAAGAGAAUGUAUGGAUACAGCUUACAUUUGAUGAAAGGUUUGGGCUAGAAGACCCAGAAGAUGAUAUAUGCAAGUAUGAUUUUGUAGAAGUUGAAGAACCGAGUGAUGGAACGGUGUUAGGACGCUGGUGCGGGUCUGGUUCUGUACCAGGGAAACAGAUUUCUAAAGGGAAUCAAAUAAGGAUAAGAUUUGUAUCCGAUGAGUAUUUUCCUUCUGAACCAGGAUUCUGCAUCCACUACAACAUUGUGGCUCCACAAGUCACAGAAGCUGUGAGUCCUACAGUGUUACCCCCUUCUGCUUUACCGCUGGACCUGCUCAAUAAUGCGGUUACUGCCUUUAGUACCUUGGAAGAUCUUAUUCGCUAUCUUGAACCAGACAGAUGGCAGCUGGACUUAGAAGAGCUGUAUAGGCCAACAUGGCAGGUUCUUGGCAAGGCUUUUAUUAUCGGAAGAAAAUCCAGAGUGGUGGAUCUGAACCUUCUGAAAGAGGAGGUACGAUUAUACAGCUGCACACCUCGGAACUUCUCCGUGUCCAUACGGGAAGAGCUGAAGAGAACCGAUACCAUUUUCUGGCCAGGUUGUCUCCUGGUGAAACGCUGUGGAGGGAACUGUGCCUGCUGUCUCCACAACUGCAAUGAAUGUCAGUGUGUCCCCAGCAAAGUCACCAAGAAAUAUCACGAGGUCCUUCAGUUGAGACCAAAAAUUGGAGUCCGAGGGUUGCAUAAGUCGCUCACGGACGUGGCCUUGGAACACCACGAGGAGUGUGGCUGUGUAUGUAGAGGGAACACCGGAGGCUAGUUGUCCUCCAGGAGCAUCCUGAACCCAGAACUGUCAGGGGCAGCUUGCGGCUUUGUUAGAGAAUGUAGGCAUUAUCUCCACCCAUAAUCUCAGUCGUUGGCUUCAAGGACCUUCCAUCUCAGGACGCUGUGUUCCACAAGAGGAGUGGAGUUAGGAGUUGUGAAGCAGAACUUUGGAGGAGAGGCCCAAAGGACUGGAGGACAAGUCUGCAAAUCAUGAGGAAAAUCAAAAAUACAUGUCUGUCCAUCACUAGCCACUGACAGAGUUGCCGUGUUCUUUUUCCACUAGCUACAUUCUGUAUUUUAUCCUGAUGUGGCUUAGGUUAAUGUCAGUAAAAAAAAAAACCUGUAAAAAGUGAGCAUCUGACUUAUCUGCCCUGCUUAACACUAAAACUCCAUGUCGUGGGCCUAAAAUCAUAGGAAAUCUGGAAUUUUUCCUUUAUAUUUACAUAAAUGAACCAGAAUGCUCUAUGUUCUCUAAACUUAGUUUCGGAAGAUGAAUUAUGUUGCUACAUUUUAAACUGGUAUUGUUGGAAAGACUGGAUUUUCCAUACAUUUUAUUCAAACAUCAACCAUUUGGAAAAGGAGACACCGACAUGUAGGGUUCAGUGGAAGAGAACCCGAAGAACAAAAGAGUAACCUUACCUUCGUUUUAUUCAUAAAUUGGUUCAUGUGUUUUAAUGUGUACAUUUUAAUAUUCUUCUUUGACAUUAUAACUGUUGCCUUUUCUAAUCUUGUGAAAUAUAUCUAUUUUUACCAAAGGUAUUUAAUAUUCUUUUUUAUGACAACCUAGAUCAAUUAUUUUAGCUUUGCAAUGUUUAUUUUCUAAACAAAAUUGUUAUAUCCAGAGGGACAAAGGUGAUAUAAAAUAUUGUUGCUCUGCCAAAAACAUGUAUUUUUCCUCUUGUAUGGUGCUUGAGCUUAGACUAAUCUGCAUUUUUAAAAUACGGAAGUGGGAAAUCAAUAAAACUGGUAAAUCACAAAGAUUUUUGGGAAACAGCUAAUGUAUCCUUUCCUCCAUCGCUGCCAUUUACAUGCAAAUAAGCAGCAAUAAGUGAAAGGUACACAUUCAGACUUAGCCAUUACUAAUAUAACCCAAUGUUGGGGAAAUAGCAACUUAGCUCAGGAGAACUUAAAGCACUUGAUAAAAUUGACUGGACGGCUUCCUAACAACACAUGCUGUGCUGUAGGAACACAUCCUAUUUAUUGAGAUGCUAGGGGUUUUCUUAUCAUUGAACUCUGUCCCAUACACUUGUAUAAAUACAUUGUUAUUUUUAUGUACAGAAGUAUAUCCUUUAACUAGUUCACUUAUUGUACUCUUUGGCAAUUGAAAUGAAAAUCGAUAAAGUACUUUGCUUGUAAAAUGCUUAAUAUUUUGCCAAGGUUGUGUGGUGAUUCUUUGAAUUAAAAAUGUAUUGAAUAAUUGAAUAAAAGAAUGUGGCUAUUUGGGGG